CCCUCCCUCCAUUCUUCUCGCACCCUCUCGCCACAGUCUCCUCCUCGACUAUAAAAGCCGCCACUCCGAUCCAUGAAAUUGAUUCUCUCCAUCCUCGUGUGCAUCGCCGCAAUCGCAGUCUACCAUCAAGACUACAUGUUAUCACGCCUCUCACAGCUCACAAGAACAAUCACACCUACAAAAGCAGCUUCACAGCUCACAAAGACAGCCGCAAUGUCCUCGUCUACUACCUUCGCCGGCCUCCCGGUUAUCCCUCCUACAAACGAACCUCUUACAACUACAAACCCCCGCAAGAUCGCAAAGACCUUCCUCGCCAUCGAACAAUCCGAAGGCGCAGGCGCUCGCGUCCGCCGCUCAAUUGGCACACCCCGCCUGCGCAACUUCUCGCCCUUCCUGAUGCUCGAUCACUUCGCCAUCCCGCCUGGGGCAGGCUUCCCAGACCACCCCCACCGCGGGCAAGAAACAAUCACCUAUCUCCUCGACGGCGCCGUCGAUCACGAAGACUUCGCCGGCAACAAAGGCACAAUCGAGAAAGGCGACCUCCAAUUCAUGACCGCGGGUCGCGGGAUCGUGCACGCCGAGAUGCCGCGCCAGAACGCCGACGGCGCGCCCAACGUCGGCAUGCAGCUGUGGGUCGACCUGCCCAAGGCACUCAAAAUGUGCGAGCCGCGGUACCGCGACCUUCGCGCGAAGGAGAUCCCAGAAGUCAACGUUCAAGACGGGAAAGUGAAGGUCAAGGUUAUUUCGGGACGGAGCUACGGCACCGACAGUGUGAAGGAGCUGGCGUAUACGCCGGUGUGGUUGCUGGAUUUUACGGUACAACCCGGGGGAAGGGUGGAGCAAGCGCUGCCGAAGGGGUGGAAUGCGUUUACGUAUACGCUUUCUGGGAAGACGGUUUUUUAUUCGGGGAAUGAGUCGAAGUUGGUGGAGCAGUAUCAUAAUGUUGUUUUUGAUCAGGGUGGGGAUAGCAUCGCGGCGAGUGUUGAGGAGGGCGCGGAAGCUGAGUCGCGGUUUAUACUGGUUGCUGGACUCCCCCUGGAUCAGCCAGUUGUGCAGUACGGGCCGUUUGUCUUGACGAGUAGAGACGAGGUCAUGCAGGCGAUGAUGGAUUACCAGGACUUCUCGAAUGGGUUUGAAAGGGCGCAGAACUGGGAGAGCGAGAUUGGGAAGACUAUGGUGCAUUAGGGUCUGGGAAUUGGGGAAAAUGUAUUAUGAGGUUUUCUUACUUGUACAUAUGAGGUCUUGAUGGGGAAACGGGCAACAUGUUCGAGUAUGAUACCAAUUGAUAGACAAGAUCAUUUUAUAAGACUUCUGCUUUAUCCCAUAC